CCUGCGGUCGGCUGCGGUGUGACGGGCCGACGGCCGGCGGCGGGCGGCGGGCGGCGGCGUGGCAGUUUGGGUGAGGGAGUGGAGCGUGUGAGGUGCGAAUAGCACGUGGUACGGCCUCGCUGGGCGUUCCAUGCGCUUUUGAAGUAGCCGCUGUCAGGUGCGAACGCUGCAAAUUGACUGGAUAGUGUGUACGAAGCAGUGCUGGUUCGCUGUCAUGCACGGGGCGCUUAUCACCAUGUGCCCGCACGGAUGACCGGCUGGGUAAACGGUGGAGCGAGGAGCGACGUGCGCACAGGAAAAUAAGGCGACGACUGUGCCACCUCAGCAUAGACUGACCGACCAAGUUACCUACAGUAUCAGACACAAAGAAAGCCUGGGAACUCGAAACUCAGGAUCUGGCCUGCAGGACCCGGCUUAUCUCUGAACUCAGCGGCGUGACUACGAGACGGAAGUUACUGCUGACUUCCUAACUGACGCGAAAGCCAAAGUGUCGGCGGGAGCUCCAGCACAGACUGCUCACCGUGCUGUGUCACCAAUGGCGGCCCCGGAGCGGCGUGCGGCACCGGCCGUGCGCCCUCUUCUGCUUCUACUGCUGACGGUUCUACCGGCGACGGCAGACUUCACAACCUCCUGCCCAGACGCCUGCAAAUGUAUGUGGGUGUCGGGCAAACGGCAGGCCGACUGCACGGACAUCGGGCUGACGUCGGUUCCGCGCGGUCUCAGCUCGGAUAUCCAGGUGCUGGACCUGUCCGGCACGGCCAUCCAGGAGCUGCCCAAGGACGUCUUCCGUCAGGUGGGGCUGGAGCACCUGCAGAAACUCUAUAUCCGCCGCUCCCGGCUGUCGAGUGUGCACCCGCACGCGUUCCGCGGCCUGGGGCUGCUCAUCGAACUGGACCUGUCCGACAAUGUGAUCGAGAAACUGCCGCCGGACGCGUUCGCCGACAAUGACAAGCUGCGACAGCUGCUGCUGGCCGGUAACCCGCUGGGCUCGCUGCCGGCGUUCCAGUUUCCCCCGCUGCCACACCUGCAGAGGCUCGAUCUUAGUCGCUGCCGCAUCGCUGGUCUGGCCGCCAAGACGUUCGCCAACCUGCCUGAGCUGGAGAAGCUCAACUUGCACUCGAACGAGCUGUCAGUACUCGAGAGUGACGCGCUACAGUCGCUGUCGCAGCUCAAGUGGCUGACUCUUCACAACAACCCGUGGCGGUGCGACUGCCACCUGCGUCUGCUACGAGACUGGCUCCUGGAGCGGUCGCUCUACCAGGAGGACACGCGCUGUGCCGAGCCCGAGCGGCUGGCCUCUCGCAGCUGGAGUGGCGUCCGAUCGGACGAGUUCGCCUGCCGACCGCAGAUCCAAAUACCCGAGCCGCAUGUGGUGGCAGAGGUCGGCCAGAACGUGACACUGCGCUGCCAGAUAUCUGGCAACCCGGCUCCGACCACCAACUGGGUGAUGAGCGGUCGCAUCAUCAGCAACAACACCCGCAUCCCCUUCACCGGCCAGUCUUACGUGAUCCACGAGCAGGGUACCGUGGACCGAUGGACCUCGCUCACAGUGACCAACGUCAACACGCAGGACGCCGGCCAGUACCUCUGCGUGGGCGUCAACCCGGGCGGCGUGGUGGAACGCAACGUUACGCUGACGUUCGCUGGUGGCGCGGUACCAGGUCCUGUGCCUGGCACUGAUACGACGAUCGGCGGUGGAGGCGGCGGAGAGGGCGGUAUGCUGAGUCGGCCGCUGCUGCUCGGUAUCGUCGUGGGUGGUGUGGCGCUGCUGCUGUUACUGCUGAUGAUUACACUCGUCUGUUGCUACUGCCGCGGCCGGCGGCACGGCGGGAAGGGAGCGCCGGACGAGCUGCCGUCCGACAUGACGGCGCCCGUCACUGAGCACAAGCCGGACCGGAUCGGUGACUACGAGAAGGUGCCGCAGACGGACAUUGAGAUGGAGCGGGUGCGCCGUCCGGCCGGGCUGGCCCACCCGCCGCCGCGCCGCGCCGGCUCCUACUCUGUCGAUGACGAGCGCAGUCGGCGCUACAGCCUGCCCGACUCGCCGAUGACAUGGGACGGGCGUCGGGCGCGCGACUACCCGGACCUCCUGCCGCGCCGGGCGGGCCGCAGCUCCCCGGCGGGCAGCUCCACCGGCUCCGUACAGCCCGAACAGGCCUACCUACUGGCCGGCCCGCAGCCGCGGCUGGCGCCGGCACCGGCGGCUCGCGGCGUGAGGCCCGGCUACGUGACGCUGCCGCGGCCGCGCCGCCAGAGAACCCCCAGCUGGGGAAGCACUGCGAGCCGAGGCGGCGGAGGAGUGGCCAACGAGCCCAUUUACGACACUCUGGGACCGCGCACUACUGCGGAUGGCAGCUCACGGCUGAGUCUGAGCGCCGCCGGACCGGACACGCUACCGCCGUACUAUGUGGCAGUGGAGGGUCCGCCCCCGCCGCGCGGCCCGGCUCGCUCGCACAACGCCAGUGCCGACCUGAUCGAGCCCGUGCAGGAGGAGCCGGAGGAAUGGGAGGAGACUCCUCCUCAGCCGCUGUCCAGCACGCUGCCGCUGGGCCUUGCCGACGCGGCCAGCACACCAUCCCCUCCGAGCCGUGUCGAGCCGGUGGGCAUCCUGCCACCACCCAGCCGCUUCGAGCCGGGCAACCUGCAGCGCAAAGUGACGCCGCCGGUACCGCCCAAACCCAAGAAGAUCACGCCGCCCGUGAUGCCCAAGCCGGUGCUGAACGGUACCCGGGUGAUGGCGUUCCAGGAUGAGAGCGAGGACGGCACAGAGGUGUGAUUGACCCCGGGACUCGCUGCUUGAAUGUGAUAGACGUCGUGUGGGGCGGGCCGCCGUGAGCCGGGCGGCGAUAUGCUCUGGACACGGCCUGCCCGACCGAUCUCGUUGGAUGUCGCUCGUCGACCUCUGAGCUUCCGCAGUCGCCGAGCUGAGCUGCCGGAGAGCGGCCAAAGAGCUGUCUCCGUGGUGAUGAACCCGUGACCACCGACCGGCGGCGUCUGGUCAGAGACUCGCGGCUGUAAGAGCGUGUUCCUAGCGACUGACGGCGUAGGCGCCGCGCGUCGACCUCGUCAGUGUACUUAUGGGGAGUAUAUGUUGUCAUUGUAUGCGAUUUACAUUUGUUGUCAAUACCCAGUGCUGUUAUAUUCUUUAUUAUUGAGUUUGCCGGACGUAUACAGUCACAAUUGUGUGGAUCAUGUGUCUUGUGCGCCGCCGAACCUUUACGGUUUCACUUAGCUGCUGGAUGACUGGGAAGAGUCUAUGACCUCUGUGGCGAGGACGCCCAUUAGGCGACCCGUGUCGGGGUCACCCGAGGUCACCGCCGGUCAACAGGGUGGCCACCUUUUCCGGCCUCACCUGCGCUGAAUACCGAGACGAGCUGAAGAGGUCAGCGCUACAUCAAUCGCCCUUCUUGCGACGCGCAAAAACGGCAGAUUGUUUACAUUGUUGGACGCAUUUAUACUCUGGCCGCGGAUGGCUUUUUGUUAGUUGUCUGGCGUGCGGCGAUCGUGUGGCCGUCGCGUGUCGCUUGUGCGCCGCGCGGCCCACAGCGAGCCUGCUGAACCGCUGCGCUAGAUGUGUCAUAUACCGCAUCCAUAUUUUUGUGAAUACAUCGUGCAUUUUACAGAGCACUUAGGCGUU